AUGAAGACUAUCCAGCAAACGACAUACGUUAGGUCCCAAGAAGAGAAACAUCUGGAUUACGUAGCUCUGGUGGAUCAGCAAGCUGAGCAUAUUCAGUGUCAUACUACGCUUACUGUUGGCAGAAUGCAUGGUAGUUUGAACAGUGAUGUCUGGAAUAAGCAGAGUGGAUUCGAUGAUUUCAUGUCUGUACAUAAUGUAGUGGUCAUUACCGCUCAAGUGUUUCUCGAUUUGAUAGAUCAUGCAUACUUCAACAUCGCGAAACUCGCUCUCAUUAUAUUUGAUGAGUGUCACCACGCUCUUGGCGUAAAGCAUCCGUAUCGUGUGAUUAUGGAUCGUAUUAUGCGAGUCCCCACAGGUUCUUCGUUUCAUUUGCUUUUGCUCUUUUCCGGGAGUAGCUAA